AUGCCCAGCGCUCUGUGGAGCAGCCUGCCCGUGGUGCUGGGGCUGCUGCUCUGGCACCCCGCCGGCGCCAGCGGCCUGUGCUGGGAGAGCAGCAAAUGCCAGGACCUUGCCAGCGAGGCCGGCAUUUUGCGACCGGCACGGUGGGGUGGGGGGGAAGAUGACGGAGAUGCCGGAGAUGCCGUCACCGUGGGCAGCAGCGGCGGCGGGGGGCACAAACGGGAGGAGGCGGCGGGGGGCAACCCACCGCCGGCAUCGUUGCCCACCGUCCUGCCGUCCCGCCGCGAGGAAGAGCAGGGAACCGGGCUGGAGCGGGAGGAAGGCAAACGCUCCUACUCCAUGGAGCACUUUCGCUGGGGAAAGCCGGUGGGACGCAAGAGGAGACCCAUCAAGGUCUACCCCAACGGGGUGGAGGAGGAGUUGGCCGAGAGCUACCCACUGGAGUUCAAGCGGGAGCUGGCGCUCGGCAGCACCGGGGUGCCGCCUGAGGAGGAAGAGGAGGAGGAGGAAGGCCAGGAGGAGGAGAAGAAGGCCGGCGGCUCCUACCGCAUGCGCCAUUUCCGCUGGCACGCGCCCUUGAAGGACAAGCGCUACGGGGGCUUCAUCGCCUCGGAGCCCAGCCAGACCCCUCUAGUGACUCUCUUCAAAAACGCCAUCAUCAAAAGCGCCUACAAGAAGGGGCAGUGA